AUGUCGUCGCCAUUCCCAAAUGCGGCACCGUCUGGUGGUAGACCUUCCAAUUCGUCGCCACCACGUUCAUCCUUGGGUGCUGGCGGGUUUGGUAGCAGUUCUGGUUAUGAGAAUGAUUCCCAUAUUGGUUCUAGAACCCAAUUCCCAAGCUCUUCCCAACCCCAAGGUUAUGGUGUGCCACCGCAGUUUAGUUCUCAAAGUGUGGCCAACGAGGAUACCCUGGGCUCCUCCAAUCCAGAGGAGGAUCUUCCAAUGCAGGGCUUAAGAAGAAGAACAGUCAAUCACGUCAAAAAAGUGGACGAUGUCACUGGUGAGAAGGUUCGUGAGGCAUUUGAACAAUUUCUUGAGGAAUUUGCUAUAACAAAUGAUGAGACUGGUGAACUCGAAUCAGUUUAUAAGGCUCAGAUUGAGUUUAUGAAUGCCUACGAUCUCAGUACUAUCUAUGUCGAUUACAAGCAUGUUUCAAUCAGGGAAAACGGUGCGUUGGCGAUGGCUAUAUCGGAGCAGUAUUACCGGUUUCUACCAUUUCUAGUCAAGGGUCUGAGAAGGGUUGUUAGAAAGUACGCCCCGGAACUACUUUUAACAAGUGAUUCUGUUAAUAGAGAAGCGACAGACGAAAACGAAGAAAAAGAUGAGGAUACGAACGGUGCCAUUCCAAGUUCUCUACCAACCAACACGAAGCGGUCUGGCUUAUCCACUCACACAACCAAGUCCACUACGACUACGACAUCCCCAGAUCAAACUGAACGAGUAUUUCAAAUUAGUUUUUUCAAUCUACCCACUGUCCACCGCAUUCGUGAUGUUAAAUCAGACAAGAUUGGAUCUUUGCUAACAAUAUCGGGGACAGUAACUAGAACUUCCGAGGUACGACCAGAACUAUACAAGGCGAGUUUCACUUGUGACAUGUGCCGUGCUAUUGUCGACAACGUCGAACAGUCAUUUAAAUACACGGAACCUACGUUCUGUCCCAACCCGUCUUGUGAAAACAGGGCAUUUUGGACUCUAAAUGUGGCAAGAUCAAAGUUUCUUGAUUGGCAAAAAGUGAGAAUUCAGGAAAAUGCGAACGAGAUUCCUAACGGGUCAAUGCCCCGUACGCUGGAUGUAAUUUUGAGAGGAGACUGUGUGGAGAGAGCGAAACCAGGUGAUAGAUGUAGGUUCACGGGUACCGAUAUCGUUGUUCCUGAUGUUACCCAGCUAGGUUUACCUGGUGUAAAACCGAGCUCCACGAUGGAUUCGAGAAGCAUAGCCCGCUCUUCUGAAGGUUUAAAUAGUGGGGUCACCGGUUUGCGCUCUUUAGGUGUUCGUGACUUGACCUAUAAAAUGAGCUUUUUAGCGUGUCAUGUCAUUAGCGUGGGAUCGAACAUUAACGAUAAUACAUCACAAACUAAUGAACAAGAUACUGAAACAGAAGUUCAAAUUGCUGCUAACAUGCACGGCAAUAAUGUUUACCAAGACUACGAAAAGGACCAAGAACUUUUUUUAAACAGCUUAAACUCCAAAGAAAUUAAUGAGUUGAAAGAGAUGGUUAAAGACGAGCACAUAUAUGACAAACUGGUGAGAUCCAUCGCUCCUGCUGUCUGGGGCCAUGAAUCCGUCAAGAAAGGUAUAUUGUUGCAAAUGUUGGGAGGUGUCCAUAAGACAACUGUCGAAGGGAUCCAACUGAGAGGUGACAUCAAUAUUUGUGUUGUUGGUGACCCCUCCACAUCGAAAUCCCAAUUUUUGAAGUAUGUUUGUGCAUUCGCACCAAGAUCAGUAUACACUUCUGGUAAAGCUUCUUCUGCAGCUGGUUUAACAGCAGCUGUUGUCAGAGACGAGGAAGGUGGAGACUAUACCAUUGAAGCAGGUGCUUUGAUGCUGGCUGAUAACGGGAUCUGUUGUAUUGAUGAGUUUGACAAGAUGGAUAUUUCAGACCAAGUUGCGAUUCACGAAGCUAUGGAACAGCAGACUAUCUCCAUUGCAAAAGCAGGUAUUCAUGCUACUCUUAAUGCAAGAACAUCUAUUUUAGCUGCUGCUAAUCCAAUUGGGGGUAGAUAUAAUAGAAAACUGUCGUUAAGAGGUAACCUGAAUAUGACUGCGCCAAUCAUGUCCAGAUUUGAUUUGUUUUUCGUCAUUUUGGAUGACUGUAACGAGAAAAUCGAUACUGAGCUGGCGUCUCACAUCGUGGACUUGCAUAUGAAGCGCGAUGAUGCUAUACAACCACCUUACACCGCUGAACAAUUGCGUCGGUACAUUAAAUAUGCGAGAACGUUCAAACCUAUACUGACAAAGGAGGCACGUCAAUUUCUAGUAAGCAGAUAUAAGGAGUUGAGAAACGACGAUGCACAAGGGUACAGUAGAUCCAGUUAUAGAAUUACGGUGAGACAAUUAGAGAGUAUGGUUAGAUUAUCGGAAGCUAUAGCAAGGGCAAACUGUGUGGAUGAAAUCACCCCAUCCUUUGUUGCAGAAGCUUACGAUCUGUUAAGACAAAGUAUUAUUCGUGUUGACGUUGAUGAUAUUGAAAUAGAAGAUGAUGGAGAAGAUUUUAUUGAUGGAGACGAAUCGGAAAAAAGGAAGGAACCUCCAACAAAUGCGCCAGAUGAAAGUGCUCACGCGGAAACAGGCACGGUGGCUUCAGCGCCACCUGAUACCGCUCCCCCUCCCAAUGAACAAGAGCAACAUGCGAAACACAAAGUAUCAAUCACAUAUGAAAAAUAUGUUUCUAUGAUGGAUAUGAUUGUUCAUAAAAUCGCUGAUGUUGAAAGAACGCAAGGUAACGAGAUGACGGCCACGGAGAUAGUAGAUUGGUAUUUGCUACAGAAGGAAAACGAUUUGAAUUCUGAAGAUGAGUACUGGCAGGAACGUAAACUAGCAUUCAAAGUAUUGAAACGUCUUGUGAAAGAUAGAAUUCUAAUGGAGAUCCGUGGUACGAGGCAAGACCUGAGCGAAGAGUACAAUGACCAAGACACAGGUCCAGGCGCUGAUGUCAGUAAAGUCGUUUACGUGAUUCAUCCAAAUUGCGAGAUGCUAGACUCGAUAGAGGAACAUCAAGAUGAGGAGGAAAGAGCAACUUGA